AUAAAUAUUUUUUAGAAUGCCAUAACAAAGGAGCUUCAUUAUCAAACAAGUAAAACGUUUUGUAAAAUUGUUAUUGUCUUCAGUUUGAUACAGAAAUUAACAAGAACUAGUAUUGACGUAACAGGAACCGUGAGAGAAGUUAUGGCGAAAGCACUCGGAUUGUUGCUGAUACUUGUUUGUGAGUUGACUGAUCUAAUAACUGUCGAAAUGGCGAAAGCUGAAAACAUCGGCACCUCAAACGCACUCUGUGAACAAUUCCUUAAAGAUAAGAAUCCCAUUACGCUUAUCACCGAAAAGAAGCAUGAUUCAACCCCAUGCUCAUGCGCGGAGUAUCAUAUUGCGCAGGACGCCAUGUUUGGCAAACGCGGAAACUGCUACGAAGAAUGGCUAUUCAACCAUGGCUUGAAGCAGAGGUGCUGUUACAGCGAAACUGGAAAAUUACUGAAAGGAUUCCCUGAUGGAGGAUUUGUUAUACUGGAUGGAAUUGAAAAUUCAAUGGUUGCAGUCCACGACGCUUGCUGUCAUGAUACCAACACAUCUACGUGCAAGGAUUUUUACGACAUAAACCCAUCCGAUGAUUGCAGGCGAUACGAGGAACCGAUGUCAGCCUCUUCUUGGGGAGAUCCGGUUAUUCAGACUGUUGGUAGCCCAUCGUUUAACUACUCAUUCAACGGCCACGGGGAAUACGUGUUCUUAAAAUCCAAGGAAGGGUUAGAAAUCCAAACACGGUUGGAAUAUUUAGCUUCAGGGAACAAUGAUUCAACCAUAUUUACUGCGUUCGUGUUGAAGAAUCGUAUCAAUAACGACUCCAUUCAAGUAGAAUUGAACCGAUCCAAUAACAAGCUGUCUUUGUUCUUUGAAAAUGGAACUCUUUGGGAGCCACUACAACCCUGCACAAGAGGCCCUCCUCAGAUAACAUAUGGUUUUCAGUUGUUCUGUCUGGUGUCACCUUCCAAUGGAUUUAAUAUAAUACCUAUAAAACUAAAAUUAAACGGUAUGAAAGUGGAAAUUUCCACGGAAAAGGGAUUCAUGAACAUUAAGGUAACGGCAAACCCAGCACUUGCUGAUAUGACAGGCCUGGCAGGAAAUGUUCAAGAAGAAAAGUAUUUCUCAGAAAAUGGAACAAUAUACCCAUGUAAUGCGAGCGAGCAUGACAUGUUUGACUACGGCGAGUCCUGGUCAAUUAGGAACAAUCGUGAUGAGUCCAAUUUCAUUUAUAAUUUUACCGGAGGAAAUGGUGGAAACUUCAGCUUCUACAACACGUAUUCCAAACCCCGAUUUCUUGAAGAUCUCCUUGACAAUAAAACCGCUUUGUUUGAGAAGUGUUAUGGAGCCGAUGUUGACGCUUUUGAGAGAACCUGUCUUAAUACCUGGGAUAAUCAAACCAACAGGGACUGUAUGCUCAUCAUUGCAAGGACAUGCAAUAUUACUCUUGGAAAUAUCAUACAUGACGAGGUAGUUCGACAACGAGACGAAUUACUGAGGAAAUUAAACAAGUCCCCUGAAUUUCUGACGACAAUGUCGAAUUCAACCAUGCUGAUUUAUCAAAACACCUCUUUGAGUAUAAAUUUAUUGGAGCACGUAUGGGAUGAAUAUAUGCAAGGUCUCCGGUUUGAGAUCGUACCGAUGCUGAAUGAAAUGACACUAACCGGUGGCAGUUUUAAUUGGAAUGUGGGCGCUGCUUUAAGAGAGAGCAAAACUAGAACACUCCGGUUUAUUGUAUAUGACCAGUACAACAUGACAGGCAAUCACGAAGUUAAAUUGUAUUAUUGUGGCUGCGAAGAACCAGAAGAGUGCAAAUUCCAAACCAACGAUGAUGAUACUGCAGAAUGCAGCUGUAAAAAUAAAUAUUGGAUUGGGUAUUUCUGUCAAAUCCAGUCAUAUCCCUGCGUAGAAUACAACUGUUAUAAGCCGGAACAAUGUAAUAACAACACAUAUGAUGGAAGUCCGUGUGCUCCUUGCCCGGAUGGGUGGUAUGAUCCAACACCAGGCAAAUCCAACCAGACAUGUCUUGACUUAAAUGAAUGCAAUGAUACCAAAAAAUACCACUGCGACCACAUAUGUAACAAUUUGGUUGGUUCAUAUAAUUGUUCGUGUCACGAUGGAUACACUUUAACCACCGAUAACCACACAUGUUCAGAUGUUGAUGAAUGUACCUCGGGAAAAGUUUAUUGCCCAAAAUCUAAGGAAACUUGUAUGAACAUUCCUGGCCAUUACACAUGCGUUUGCGAUGCGGGAUAUACUAAGAACACCCCAGACGCCGAAUGCACUCCUAUAGUUGGUAAAAUGUACUUUGGAUAUCUUGAAUACGUUUCGACACAAGCGCCUACGCAAACAAAUGCAACUCUUCAGGCUGGAAUACUGUCUACUUCGAACAUUUUUAGUAAAUACUUAAGAGGAACGGACUAUUUCUUAGCCAUUGAAAUCUACCAGAUAUUCAUGACGACUACAACUUUCCAUUUGGAUUUCAUUUUACACCUGAACUCUACUCUCAGUUUACCUGCUAUUGCGGGUUUUCUUGACACUUUGAAAAACAAAGACAUUUCGCUGAAUUCAACACAUCUCGGAAAAUCUUCAACUGUGCACAUAAAACCUCCGGAAGAAGGUGGCCUGUGUGAUGUUGUCCCGAAGCGCACGGAUUGUCAUGAACAAAGCACACACUGUGUCAAUAGAAAUAUCACUCAAGAUUACUAUGACUGUGACUGCAACUUUGGUUACCAUAAGCCCAGUUCUAGCAAAAGCAAAAUUUGUGAAGACAUAGACGAAUGUCAAUUAUUCGAUACGAAUAAAACGAAAAAUGAACGAUGCGUUCAUGGCUUCUCGUGUUACAAUUUAUAUGGGUCCUGGAAUUGUACAUGUCCCGAGGAUAGACUCUGGAUGUCGGUUGGUACACCGGAAUAUCCUGUGUUCCGAUGUCAAGGCAACCACACUUAUUUAGGAAACAUCACAUUUAUUUGGGAAGCACAAGAUGGGGAGAUGAAUCAAUCAGUCAUAAAGUCUUUCUUGACGUCUCAAAUAACAACAGUUCUUACAAAUAAGUCAUUGGAUCAAAAUCAGACGAUAACAGUUUCCUCCUUGUAUGUUUCGGUUACUAUUUUGGACAACACGUCGCAUUCAAAAUUACCAUAUUUCAAUAUGUAUAUGUUGACAUACGAGUUUCGAAUUCGUAUGGGUGACCCAGUCAGCACCGACCGCCUUCAACGAAUCGGAAGUGAACGUUUCAAGAAGAACAAACAAAUAGGAGUUGCCACUUUCCAAAAUAUCACGUUUUUCAAUGAAUCUGACAACGAACUGUGCAAGCGAAAUAAAGAAGGUAACUGCGACCUCCGAACAACUGAAUGUAAACAAGAAAAUGGAACAACAUCGUGUGGGUGUAAAAAGGGGUUCCAGCCACGUGAAUAUACCAAAUAUUCCUGCGAAGACGUCAAUGAGUGCAAUUUGCACGAAUACACUUGCUCUGGCGGUGGCACGUGCCAGAACUUGGAAAGCAACUGGACGUGUUCAUGUCCUUCUUAUACGGAACUCCUAAAUGUGAACGAUACCUACAAAGAAUGUUCAGACGAGGCGUAUUACAAUUGUUCAUCCGAGGCCUUUAAGCGAUUCAUUUGUUCCAACGGAAACAAGACAUGCAACAACUCAGUUUGGUCCUGCGAUUGUGCACAUGGCUAUCAUUUGGAAGGUUCAACCCAUUCAUCCACGUGCACGGAUACAAACGAAUGUGAGAAAAAUCCGUGUGGACACGGAAACUGCAGUAAUAACGACGGGGGCUAUUUUUGCAAAUGUGAAAGUGGGUUUCUAUUUGAUGAAAUCAAAAAGUCGUGCAUCGAUAUAAACGAAUGCGAUUCAGAAAUAUACAUCUGCCGAAAUGGCGACUGUAGAAACCUCAACGGUAGUUAUGAGUGUCCUUGUAAAGCCGGAUUUAGAGAAGAGUACAGAAGUUUCACUGCAACAUUUUGCGUUGAUAUUGACGAAUGUACAAACAAGUCGCACUCAUGCGGCACAAAAGCAACUUGUACAAACUUCCAAGGCUCGUUUACAUGCGACUGUCCACAUGGAUAUAAAAAUGAAACAUCUGAUAACAUAAGUUACACUUGUAUAGAUAUUGACGAAUGCAACAAAGCCGAAGGUUUUCAAUGUAUCAAAGGUUUUUGUAAUAACACUGACGGACACUGGGAUUGCGUGUGCGACAUGUCUAAACGCGCACAUGUCGUGAACGAGAGUUACAUUGAAUGCCGGGACGUAUUCCAGUAUCCAGUUCAAUUCGAAGUACGGAUUCUCUAUGACCCGUACAAGUCAGCUAAAUCUGAGGAGUACAUUCAAUCAAGCCUUGUUAAAAUGCUUUCAGAUAUUGUGAAUGGUUCCAUGAAUGGCAGUGUAUUAUUCCCUGUAGAAAUAAUACCAGAAAGAUACCACUAUUUAGAGGAUAGAAAGGAUAAUAUUUCGGUUACCGUCAACGUCAUAACUAUCAAAAGCUACGACGCAGGCUUGUUAAAACAUACCUUCGAAGCCAGUCUCAAUAAGACUGCUGUUUUUACCACGCCAUCGGGGAUUUCAGGACUUGUGUCAUUAAAGAAAGAAGAAGCCUCCGUUGAUCUGUGUACACUGGAGAUAUUCAAGAAUAAGUGCGAUCCUUACUCUACGAAAUGUAAACAAAAUAACGACACUUUUAAAUGCGAAUGUCGAGGAGGUUUUGAAAAUCGCACGGAUAUUGAGGGUGUUGGAAUGUGCCAUCAAAUAAAAGACACGAAAGGUGAUUACCCGUAUCUUGCUACGGUCAAGAUUACCAUUAACAAUAGCAGCAAUAUCAGCAGCCUUGAGUUUGAGAUAGCGAUUCAACAACAGUUCAAGGCAAUAUACUCAGAAAUGUUCAAUGAAACCAACAUCUGGGUGGAAAUACUUGCGAUAAAUGGUACACAAACAACCAGUCGAAGACGAAGAAAAUCGGAAUCGGUCACUCCUAUCAAAGUUUCUGUUGACCAUGUCCUUCAUUUAACAAUACCAAAAAACGAAACUACACUCGCUGAUAAAUGGCAAAUGGAAUCUAUCGCGAUCUUUGAAAGGUUAAAGAAUAAAACUAAAAACCAUACCAGUUAUUUUGACUUCGAGUCAACUGCUGUUUUUAAAGAUGACAGACUACCUUGUAGCAUAACUAAGAUGUGUAAUGCUAGUUCGACAACAUGCAAUGACGAAUCGGGAAAAGCGGUAUGCGACUGUCUACCUGGAUUUGUCAAUAAUACAUACAUCAACGAUACCGUUUUGAAUCCAUAUUACAAGUGCAACAGAGCAGACAAAGAAAGCACGACAACACCAACAACGUCAGCACUAAGGUCAACAACAACGUCGCCAACAAUGUCAAUUUCAACGUCAUCUUUUAGUGCCAUUACUACAAAUGAGAUGCAUUCCACAACUUCUGCUAGCAACACCGCUCUAAUUGCUACAGGUGCGAGUCUUGGAAGCGUCGUCCUCAUCUUAGCCGUCGCUGUCAUUGUUGUGUGCAGGUUACGUAGUAAGAAGGCACACGAUACAGAAAGGAUAAAAUUAAGGGAGCUAGAGAAAGAGCGCAGGAACGGUUUCGAUAACUCACUGUUGGGCAGAAACUACCUUCGCUCGGAUUCAAAGCAGAACUCCGUGGAUGAUUUAAGAGAAACAGACCAUGAAACAGACCGUGACGAUAGGCGGAAUUUCUACUAUGGUGGCCCAUUCAAACCAACAUACACAAGACCGUUCAAAUCGGCCAAACUCGAGCCGAUCUGGAACCAUAACGGCCAUGUGCCAGGUUUGAAAGGUCGCGCUGGCUCCCUGCCUGAUUUAAACGACCAUGUCGACAUGAGAAUGUCACCGGAGACCAGGCGAAUGUCGCAGCCGAGAAAUUCUGAUUCGCUUUACUCGUCUCUGAGAAAGGAUAAAGAUCCGCCACCAACGCAGAAACCCUUUGAUAAUUACAGGCAAAGCAUGGUUCGAGUGUUUCCGGAAUCUGGCGAGCGAUUGCCGAGAGCAAAAAUCAAUCAAUUCCCGAGAAAAAACGCAAGCGGACGGAUUUCUCCGGAACCCGAUUACUAUGACGACCCGCCGCUGUCACCAAAGCCUGAUUAUAAUGGAAGAAAGUCACGUGACCGUGUGGAUGCAUCACGCGACAGUGGUUUGAAUGGCUUUUCGCGCAGCAGCGUUAGUCCAGAAGUUCAGAGGUCACGUGAGAGUUUUGGUUACGGAAGUUUAGGGCGUGGUCGAUACCGUAUGGAAGAUACACCUUUUUGAGCGUGUAUCCAUCACAUGACGUUAACCCACUUGUACAUGUUUAGUUGUUUUUAUUAUUUUCCGAUUUGAAUACACGUGUACAUGGAAACAUAGACUUUGCCGUAUAUAAACAGACUCUAAAUUAGGAUCUUCUACUUAUGCAACUGGAGUUUCACCUUGUGUAUAUUUGAAAGCUUUCAGUGGACAAGUAUGCAAGCAAUCAAUUCGUAAAAUUGUAGAUGUUAUUACUACAUCACAGGAUGCUGAAAGUAAAGUCAAAACAUCUUUAACGGUACAUCUAGUUUUUUAACCAAAAAGCUACGCUGCGGUCGAGUCCUUAUUAGACACUAUAGUUUUCUUCGUUGAAAUGUGUAUUUCGCUUUUUGCACUUAUAUAAAACAUGUAUUUCUUAACCUUAUCAUUAGUAUUAGUAGUAGUAGUAUGCCCAUUUUGAACGGAUAAGGUACUUCAUCAGAUUUAAUGUUUGCGGUUCAUAUACCUUUAUCUAGGAUUACGUGAUAUCAAUGUUAUUAUUUACUGUUACAUACCGUCUGCCCAUUAAAUCAUGGUGGUCAUCGAAAGAGUUAUCAAUAUAACAUUACAUUACAUGUGAGUAACUGGAAAGUGUGUGCAGUCUACUGAGCAAAAACUCUAAACAAAUACAAUGAAUUAUAAAUGAUACAAGCCGAUAAAUUCGCACUUAAACAUUUUUUAAUUGAAUUUAUAUAUAAUCAACAAAUGAGUAAAAAAUAUUUCCAUUGCUGACAGGUCAGUUAUACAUUUUGUUGAAAGUAUUUCGUAAUUGCCACUUUUGCCUGAAACGUCAAUUAAUACGUGUUUAUGAUUCAUGCAAUAACCACAUGUUAGUGUACUUUGGAUUGUUUUACCAUUGUUUAAGGUAUUAUCGAAUUAUCUUCUGCUAACAAAUCCAAUAAUACGUGUACAAUAUAUCAGAUAGGCUUAAACUAAUUUAAAAGUUAAAGCAAUUAAAUGGACUGACACAUUUUGCAUAUUUACGAGAUGACACAGAUGAUGUUAAUAUAAUUAUCUUGCAAAAGAGUUGUACUAAGUGAAAAUACAAUAAUUGACAAGAGGAUUUACAACUGGCGCAUCAUAAGUUAUUGUAUACUUACCAUAAAUGAUAAAAGCCAUCAUUAAUCAUCACAUUUUGGUCGUCUUUGUUUUUAUAAUUGAUGUGUACAAUAGUAUCACAGAAGUAUGUUUUAUUUUUAGAAGCUGUUUGUAUAUAUUCUGGACUGCUGUCAUAGAGGGACGUGUUCACCGAUUUCCGUAAUUUUUAAAAUUGUCAUUUAAUUGUGUUUAAUAACACACGUAUAGUAUGUGUAAUAGUUCCAAAUAAUGUUACUUCAUGCGUUGUGUAGUUUUAUAUGUAAAUAUCGAUGAUUUGAAAACGAUAACGCACUGCUUCGAACGGUGGAAAUCAUCAGUGAACAUAAUCCAUAAUUUACUGUGAAAGGACGUCCUUUUUGGGACAUCAUUAAGUAUGUGGAACUUUUCAGUUUCCUCUAUUAAAUGUUAAUAAACGGCGGACGUCAUUAAAUAAACAGUUCAUGAGUGCGUUUAUUUUGGUAGAUCGUCGAUUUGAAUUCACUCGUGAUAAAAAAAAUAAUUAUCUUCAUGCGUGGCAGAAAUAUUAUUUUCUGUGAUCACUCGUGCAUUAAAAUCGAUAAUCUGCCGUUAUGCAAAUGUCCUUUAUAUAAGAGCAGAACAACUUACAUUCACCAUGAUUCGAACUAAGGGCCUUUGAGGGCAAACGCUGACUUUCUAACACUGGAUCACUCAGGCCUUUGAUAGUAGCAGACAAUUUUAAACGCUUGUUAGUAAUGCAUUUAUUUUUAUGCUCCCCCAAAAUUUAUUUCGGGGGGAGCAUAUUGUCGCCGCUUCGUCCGUCCGUCCGUGCACAAUUUUUGUCCGGGCUAUUUCUCAGCAACUAAUGACCGAAAUUCAAUUAAACUUUAUGGGAAGCUUCACUACCAAGAGGAGAUGUGCAUAUUAUCAGCGGGUUCUGGUCGGAUGAUUUUUCACAGAGUUAUGGCCCUUUGAAAUUUUCCAUUAACUGUACAUAUAGUGCAAUUCUUGUCCGGGCUAUUUCUCAGCAACUAAUGACCGGAAUUCAAUGAAACUUUAUGGGAAGCUUCACUACCAAGAGAUGUGCAUAUUAUCAGCGGGUUCUGGUCGGAUGAUUUUUCACAGAGUUAUGGCCCUUUGAAAUUUUCUGUAAAAAAAUUCUUGUCCCCCCAUCUACUGUGCCCUCAAGACGUUUCCUUUUAUCUGAAUAUAUAGUGCAAUAUUAUGACAAAAAAACCUUUGGGGAGCAUCACCCGUCUCCGACGGUUUCUUGUUUAAAUUAUCGACGAAACGCAGUACAUAAGCAUUAUAAUUUUUCAAAUUUCAAUUAAUUAUUAUCAAAAUCGAUCGAUGUUAUUAACAAUUGUCGCAUUCCAUAGUGUUAUCGUGCUUGUAUGAAUAUAUUGCUAACAUUAAUUGAUUAAUCUAUAACUUUUUAUCGGAAAGUUAUCACGUUGCCGAAUUGUGAACAAGUCCCUUUAAUAGGGUAUUCGUACCAUUUGCACUGCAUAAAACAGUAGAAAUGUACAUUAUGUUCGUCGUAGUGUGUGCAUAAACUGUUUUAUUAUGUCAUAUUUUAUGUGUAUAUUAAUGUUUCCCUUCACGGCAUACCCCUCAACUGUAUAACUCCAUGUAACAAUCGCCAUUCUUUGCAUUGAGUUGCUGAUUUAGCAACAGUCCCUCCUAUUAUGUAUAUUUGUGAUUGGCCAUUUUUCCAAUGAUGGUGAAUGCUGGGCAUUUUAGCAUAAUACAAUAUAUAAAGUGUCGUAUUAUAAGUUUGUUGUCAGGAGUAAAGUUCGCUUCAUGAUCAUUAAAAUAUUGGUGUAUAAUUUGUUGCCGUUAAUAUAGCAAUCGUUUUUAUGCCCCCGGAUCGAAAUAUCGGGGUAUUUUGUUUUUGGCCUGUCUGUCAUUGUAUGUGUGUGUGUCUCAAAACUUUAACCAAAACUUUAACCUUCUUCAUAACUUUUGCAAUAUUGAAAGUAGCAACUUGAUAUUUGGCAUGCAUGUGUAUCUCAUGAAGCCGCAUAUUUUGAGUGUUGAAAGGUCAAGGUCAUCCUUCAAGGUCAAAGAACAAAAUACAUGGGAAGUAAGACACUUUAAAGGGAGAUAAUUUCUAUUUUAUAUCAUUUGGAAGGUACAGAACAUUUUCACAAGGGAAGUAAUAUUUUUUAAAGGAUAUAAUCUGACACAAAUUUGAAGGUCAAUGUCAUCCUUCACGGUCAAAAGUCAAAAAAUACAAUCCAAGGGAAGUAAUAAGCUAUAAAAGGGAGAUAAUUUCUAAACCUGCCAAAUGAUAUAUUGAAAUUUUAUUUCAAAGCAGCGCAAUAGGGGGCAUUGUGUUUCUGACAAACACAUCUCUUGUUGCCUCAGUUAUUGAGUACUCCGACUUAACUUUUUUGUGCAAUUGUAUUAUUUUGGGUUUUCCGGUUCUUAGCAAUAAAUGCAACAUUUGUAGUUGAUAUACCCAUGUCAAUUAUCGAAUCCUUUGCCCAUGACUAGCUAAUUGUUUUAUACUGACUGACUCGGAAAUAAUCGAUUGGCUGUAUAUCUUAAAUGCAGAACGCGGAGUAAAUGUAGUAAACGAAUAAAUUGAAUAAGUAAGCGAACCCGAAUUCUGAAAUAACCAAAUACUGUUUUAACAAUGAUUCGCUUGAGACGUAUAUUUCAUUGAUUUGCUUUACUAUUUUAAAAACGAUGGUGAGAGACGAACGGACGGACAGACGGACAACGCCAAUUCUAUAUCCAUACGUCUUUUGCGGGGGAUAUACAUAUGAGCUUCAGAGAGUUUUUGCGAAAUAUGGAUCAGGGGUUCACAAUUAAGGCCGUUGCUUACAUUAAGCACGGUUGUCGUUGGCAUUAAAUCAGAUCUGUAGCAUACAUCAUAAAAAAUUCAACAAUUCAAAUUCAACGCUUACUGAUUUAGAUUCCUCAUUCCUAUACUUAUUUGGCUAUAUGAAGAUCAAUCAUUUUUAUGUCCCCCACUAUAGUAGUGUGGGACAUAUUGUUUUUGCCCUGUCUGUUGGUUGGUUGGUCUGUUGGUUGGUUGGUUUGCGCCAACUUUAACAUUUUGCAAUAACUUUUGCUAUAUUGAAGAUAGCAACUUCAUAUUUGACAUGCAUGUGUAUCUCAUGAAGCUGCACAUUUUGAGUGGUGAAAGGUCAAGAUCAUCCUUCACGGUCAGAGGUCAAAUAUAUGUGGCCAAAAUCGCUCAUUUUAUGAAUACUUUUGCAAUAUUGAAGAUAGCAACUUGAUAUUUGGCAUGCAUGUGUAUCUCAUGGAGCUGCGCAUUUUGAGUGGUGAAAGGUCAAGGUCAUCCUUCAAGGUCAGAGGUCAAAUAUAUGUGGCCCAAAUCGCUUAUUUUAUGAAUACUUUUGCAAUAUUGAAGAUAGCAACAUGAUAUUUGGCAUGCAUGUGUAUCUCAUGGAGCUUCACAUUUUGAGUGGUGAAAGGUCAAGGUCAUCCUUCAAGGUCAGAGGUCAAAUAUAUGUGGCCCAAAUCGCUUAUUUUAUUAAUACUUUUGCAAUAUUGAAGAUAGAAACUUGAUAUUUGGCAUGCAUGUGUAUCUCAUGGAGCUGCACAUUUUGAGUGGUGAAAGGUCAAGGUCAUCCUUCAAGGUCAAAUAUAUGGGUCAAAAUUGCUCAUGUAAUGUCACUUCUGCAAUAUUGAAGCUAGCAAUUGUAUAUUUGAAAUGCGUGUGUAUCUCAAGGAGCUGCACAUUUUGAGUGGUGAAGGUUCAAGGUCAAGGUCAUCCUUCAAGGUCAAACGUCAUAUAGGGGGACAUUGUGUUUCACAAACACAUCUUGUUUAUAUUGAAUUUAAUACUUUACUAUUUAAAUUAAUAUAAACAGGCACGAAACAUUUGUCCUUAUUAAGAGUAGCUGAAAGUCCAAUCAAAUAAAAUUACUAUAUAACAGUUUAUUUGAGCGAAGCGUGCAUUUUCGUAAACGCAUACGCUUUAAAAACUAAUAAAUUUGAAAUGGAUACCUCAUAUUGGUGGCAGAAAAAAAAUCGACAAAGGCACAUGAUUUCAAAACACACAUCUAAUGCAGCCGACAAAGCUUCGAAACAAUCGAGCUCUAUCACUAAGAUUUAUUAAUACUAUGCAAACAGAAUUGCAUGUGAAUUAGUGACUAUAGUGAAUGUCAAUAACCAGCAGGGUCAGGGAUACAACUAGCCAGCUAACUCAUCAUCCAAAAUGUCAACAUCAUUGUACAUUUCUGUGUACUCUGCUUCAUCGAUAGGUACAUCUAGUUCUGAAAGUAUAUGUGUAAGCUAUAUAUGUAUAUGUGCACGUUAACACACCAUCAUAUAUCUAGAUAAUAAAACAUACUUUAAGUAAAAGCAUUAAAAUUUAGCUUAUAGUCGAUGUACAUUUU